GGAAUUUUGGAGUUCUCUGGCACAUAAUCACAUCGAACUUUAUUGCUCCCUCACCUUGUUAGGUGGCAUUGUUGAUAACAAUUACCAGAGGCUGAUGUAUUUAAAUCAAAAUGCAACCGAAGAGCAACAAUCCGCAACAAUAGACCAAUAAGAUAAAAUGAAUAGAAGCUCAAAACUCUCUUUACGAAAACGAGCAAGGAAUUCUGUCCAACUUAUCCGUAAUGGUUAUUAUUACAAGAAAACCAUCGAUGGUUUAAUCGACACUGGAUACCUACCAUCACAGCUGAGAUCCUUUAUGUUGUUUGAGGAGGACAUCGAUGAGAUGAAGAAUAUUCUGAUAAAGCUACAAAAUUUCCAUAUCAAGGGCACCGAAAUCCUUGCUGUUUUAGAAAUAGAGGAACCAGAUAUGCAACAGCAAAUUACUAGAAAGCAUAGACGACAACGACAAACCGAGCAUCAGACAUGUCAGACAGAUAUGUCACUGAUUAAUGAACAUCAAACAAAUGAAUCUCAGGUUAAGAAGAGUAAAAGAACAGACAAGGAGCGAACUAGUAAAGAGGUUGAAACUCAAACAAAUACCGAAGCUCAAAGAUACCUAAAUAAUUCCGUUGCCACGUUCUCAAGGGCCACGACAGACAUCACUUCAGCAUUGGGCAUGCUGAAACAUUACAUCGGAAUCGUAGAGUCCGAAGCCAUUAAUCCUUUAGGUGAAUGCGCAUUUCGCUUUCCUGAGAAGUUCUUCAUGGACAUAGCUCAAGAGGUUGCCUACAAAGAUGUAGAUAAGGUCGCCAUUUAUCUCGAUAUACCAGAAGCAGUACGAAGUUAUGCUAAACAAAACACUUUGCACAAUUCUCAAAUGUAUCUCUUUCAACUGUUGGUUGACUGGCAAAGGACUAUGUCAAAUAAGGAUGAUGUUAGGGCAAAACUAGAAAAUGCCUUACAAUAUGCUGGAUAUACCGGACUGGCCGAAAAAGUGAAAAACUACCACUAGAACUUCUCGCCGUGAUAAUAUAAAUGGACUAUGUUCAUUGCAUGCAAGAUUAAAAGCAGGUCAUGUAAUUUUUGAGCCAUUUGGGUGACAUAUCAACUUAUUUCGUGACAUAUUAGCCCAAAUAUGAGAGUACAUCUCCUGUACAUUACAUUGGGAAUAGGGUAUGUUGACCAUAAUCAAACACUACAUGUCAUCGAAGACUUUGCAAGAGAGGCUUCAUGAGUUGCUUCAUAUACAGUAAUACUAACUCGUAAUAAUCUAUUAAUAACAUAUUAUGGACCUUGAAGUCAUGGGAAAAUAAAAACAGUCAGUGGGACAGUAGAGGUACAGAUUUAAGUCAUAAUUUAACAUGCCAUUCGUCACGAUUGAAAGCUGGUUAUUUACAAAUCACCCCACGGUGCACAAAAUAGCAUAAAAAUGGUCACUCAUUUUAAUCACGUGAUAUAUCAUUUUAUUCGAGAAUCGACUAUUCAUUGGUAUAUCAUUCAUUCAUAAUACUGGAAGUAUUACG